CAGUCAUUUCGUUGGGCGGAUGGUACGAGUCGAAGCUGUCAAGCACAGUAAAAUAAGGCUAACACUGUCAACACAGGGUUACUUACGGCGAGGCAGUAGGAGACGAUAUCGCGUUCAAUUGCAUGAAAGCCGCAUAUGAUCUGGGUAUCAACUUCUUUGACUGUGCCGAGGGCUAUGCGGAUGGGAAGUCCGAGAUCGUGAUGGGUAAAGCGAUCAAGAAGUUUGGCUGGAAAAGAAAUGAUCUCGUCAUUUCCACCAAGAUAUACUGGGGUAGUGCAUUUGGAGACAAUCCCGUGAACAACGGUGGCCUCUCUCGCAAACAUCUGAUCGAGGGUACCGAAGCAUCACUCAGACGACUGCAGCUGGACUAUGUCGACCUGCUUUACUGCCAUCGUCCCGACAGGCACACGCCAAUUGAGGAGACUGUGCGGGCCAUGAAUUAUCUCAUCAAUAAUGGAAAAGCCUUCUACUGGGGAACCUCCGAGUGGAACAGCGAAGAGGUUGCGAUGGCAUGGGCCUGCGCAGAAAGGCUUAAUCUCAUCGGUCCUGUUAUGGAGCAACCAGAAUACAACAUGUUGAAGCGAGACAAGGUGGAAAAAGAGUUCGCCUUACUGUAUGAGAACUACGGCUUGGGUCUCACCAUUUUCAGUCCACUCAAACAGGGAAUCUUGACCGGGAGAUACAAUGACGGUAUUCCUCCAGAUAGCAGAAUUGCCAUCGCUAAAGAAGGCUACACGACCAGUCAGAGAGACAGCUACGGUGAUGAGCAGUGGCAGAAAACGCUGGCUCAAGUGAAGUCUUUGAAGCCAGUUGCCGAAAAGCUGGGGACAGAUCAAGCCACACUUGCACUUGCAUGGGUGCUCAAGAAUCCUCAUGUAAGCUCGGCCAUAACCGGCGCUUCCAAGGUUGAGCAGAUUGGAAGGUCUGUAAAGGCAUUGGAUUUGCUUUCGAAACUGGAUGAUGCGGUGAUGGCUGAGAUUGACAAGAUACUUGAGAACAAACCUGAGCCACCAUAUAGAAGACUAUAGUAGCGUACGUAUAGAGUAUAAAUCCUCGUUUAUUGAGUCUAAGUAGUCUGAUUACUAGACAUAACCAUCGGAUGUUUCGUCAAGGAUAGUUGCUUUGUAAAGCCCGAGAUGUUUUUGCAUCGUCAAUCGAUGAUGUCAACGGUUCCGGGUAA